AUGACGUCUAUCAGCGAUUCCAUCAUCAAAAAGCUUCCAAAAGCAUACGCAGAAUUCCGUGAGAUCGAAAAGGUCAGGAGUGUGUGGAACCCGAUCCUCGAUGAGGAGAUGAGCAGACACUGGAACAUGAUCAAAGAAGGAAUGAAAGGCUUCUCCUUGGCCCAUGCCGGAAUGCUCAGCGUCUUGGCCAGGUUCGAAAGAGAUGACACAGCAGAGCUGAUCAUCCGCCAAUUCUUGGACGACAGGUUCCCUGGGGCACUUGACUUGAUCUCCCAGAUCGACCCGCUGGUGAACCAGUACCCCAGCCACGUCGUCCAGAAGGCACUUGUGAUCUGCGACGAUGAUGAUAAUCGAUCCGUCACGAUGGAUGUAGAGCCUCGCCCAUCGACCUACCGCCGUGGGGAAUCAUCAAUGGCCCCUCCGCCGCGUCCAGCGGCGCCGCUGACACCAGUGACUCCGGCCGGGCCAAAGGGCGCCAGACACCAGGACGCCCAGGAACAACCGCCCGUGGGGGAUGCGUCUCCUGAAACAGAUCAUGGGUCUUUGGAUCUGCUGCAGACCGCCAAACGGUCACUGGACGUUGUGGAGGUCGAUCCCCCGCUCACUCCAGAAUCGCCGAUCAAGAAGGCCAAGCGCUCGACUGCGCCGCAACCUGCCGGCCCAGUGACCAAGUCCGUUGACUUUUGGGAGGUAGAAGGACAGCAGUACAUAUUCAAGGACAAACAAUGCGGCCCUGGCUAUUUCGUGGUGCGGUGCGGCCCCGGACAGCGAGCACCAUUCUUGUAUCCCCCCCUACAGGGCAACGUGGCAAUGGACCACUUCAACGACGAUGGGCAGCCAUGCCAUGAUUCAAGGAGGAUCUAUACCUUUGAAGACGUCCAAAUGGAAUACACAUAUCGCGUCAGCGACCCUAGCGGCGACAUGACCGAGGAUAGAGUCAAGGGCGCCAACGAGAGGCUGCAAAGGGAGCACGGGGCGCACCGAGGCUCGGCCAAAAAGACACGCAAGGGCAAGGAGAGGGCUGGCCCUCCCCGUUCCGCGGCCACGAACGCGAGGCCGGCGACUUCGGACACUGAUGGGAGUUACCAAGACGAAGUGAGUUUUCUCGAGGCCCUGGCUCAAGCGAAAGUAUGCAUUCAGAUGAUUGCUAACGUCUGGUCCUGGACAGUCAAGAUGAUACAGGAGGUUAUUGCUGAAUUCCUGGCUGAGGUUUAG